UAUGGAAGUGUGUAGGAAGGGAAAGGGUUUUCGUGCGAGUGUAAGGGUUUAGGGCGCAGAAAAGAAGAGAGAUUACCCUCCUCAACUCAAGUCAACUCAACUCAACUCAACUCAACAACUCUCUUCAUUCACCAUGGCCGACGAUGACUAUGAGGAUAUCGACAUGGGGUACGAGGAGGAGCCACCAGAGCCUGAGAUUGAGGAAGGUGCAGAGGAGGAGGAUCUCGAGAACAAAAAUGAUGACAUGACUGGAGAAGGAGAACCAAUUGAAACUGAGGAUAAGGAAGAUGAGCAACCAGGAGAGCGUCCUCGAAAGACAUCGAAAUAUAUGACCAAGUAUGAGCGUGCUAGGAUUCUCGGUACUCGUGCUCUUCAAAUCAGUAUGAAUGCACCUGUCAUGGUCGAGUUGGAGGGGGAAACUGACCCACUUGAGAUUGCCAUGAAGGAGCUAAGAGAGCGGAAAAUCCCUUUUACCAUCCGUCGCUACUUACCUGAUGGAAGCUAUGAAGAUUGGGGAGUUGAUGAACUGAUUGUGGAAGACUCCUGGAAGAGGCAAGUGGGUGGUGAUUGAUGAUCCUACCAUAAAAAGACAGACACUAAGAUCUGUCAAUUAUCUUAGAUUUGGGUGAAGUGGACACUGUUCUAGGAUCCUACCAUGAAAUUGGCUUAUAGCAUCCUAUUAGUUUUGGAUUUCUAUGUAUGUCCUGUCCCUUUGUGUUUUAACUCGGUAACAUUUUCUGUUUCUGCUAGUCUGUAUAUGAUAAACCUCUAGGCUUUAAACAGUAUUUGCCGGUGUUUGUCAAAUCAGCUUCAGGCUGCACUAGGCAAUAUGAACAUUGAAGUGAUACUUACCAUAUGGGUUUUUGAACUUUCCAGAUUUUCAAAUUUCUACUUCAUAAUGGAAAUAUCAUUAAUACAA